CAUACCAUAUUAUUCAACUCAACAGUGAGCCCAAAUUCCGUCCACUGCUCUUCUCUUACAAGUAAUUGAAUCAUCAGCGUCCAACUUUAAAAUUUUAAAUCGAUCAGAAUUCAUUCUCGAAAGACUUAAAAAUAACACGUGUUUGUAUCAAAUCCUCACCAUUCCACCACCAAAAAGCUCUCCGGCUCCUCGGUGUUGCUUAACAGCGACGCCACCUCGACGAAGCCAGCCUCUGUUAAAACAAUUCUUUUAUUAUUAUUAUUAUUUUUUUUUUUUACAUUUUUUUGAAAUGCGAAUUUGUAAUUGUUUUUUUGUCCGUCAAUUCCAAAGCAAGCGGCAAAUCUAACGCGCACUGAGUUUAUCGUGGUCGUGUCCGGAGAAGCUUGCUUGUGCUGCUGGUGAAAGAAUAAUAAAAAAAAGAGCGAAUAACCAUUUUGCGGUGGUUUUAAUAUAUAUGUUAAGGGCGUGUUUGGAUCGGGAUUUUUAGGGUUCUGAUUUUUCGGAUUUCUGUUUCCUUUUUAUUUUUUUUGGUAAAUUUAUUAUCUUGGAGGUAAAUUUUCAAUCACAAAAUGCCAAAAGCUUCUUCGACUCCUCAUAGCUCUGCAUAUUUGAACGCUCUCACUCAAGAAAUCCACAAAAAGCUUCAGAGGGCUCUAGCUUCUCCGUCACAAAGGCGCAAUUUGUUGCAAGAGUUGUUUGCUGACAUAGCCUUGGAGGUUGAUGACAGAGCGAAAGAUGCAAUUCUCAGCAGGGAAGAUGAUGUCAUUUCUCCUGCGGACAAUAGGAGUGAUGGUCAGCUAUGUUUUUACGAUGUACUAGCUGAUUAUUAUGUUGGGGUGCCUGAGAGUGGAAAGGCUAUCCUCAAUUUGAUUGUUCAACUUUGGAGUCAAUCAUUUGCAUCUCAUAUUUUUGCUCUCUUGUUCCACAAAUGGCUAUUUGAAGCUGAACUCGACAACUCAGAAGUCCUCCUCCGUUACUCAUCAGCUCUAGUUCAAGGAGCUACAAACGUUUUCUGGAUUGACAUCCAAACAAAUACGAGGCGUUUUCGAUCGCUCUUUAGUUAUCUUCUUGAGGAAGUGGUGUUGGAGCCAGCAAGGUUAAAUAAAAUUCCAGUGCAGGCCCAGAGAGAUCUCUAUCUUUUACUUGCCAGGUUUAUAUUAUUUUAUAACUCAGCUGAUAAACUUGAAAGCUUCUUAAAGCAAUUUCCUGCUUUUCCAAAUGCUUUCUUGGUUGGUGGCCCUGCAGAUGUUUUUGUUAUUGAACUUGCAGACCAGCUUCUGAAACUGAAAGUGGAACCAGUAUUGCUAUAUUACCUGUCACAGAUUAAAGUUCUCCGGGGCAUGGAACUGAGAAUGACCACAAGUACAAGGUUAAAGACUUGUUUGUAUAGCUUCACUUGUCCUGGUGGUCCAAUGUAUCCAACAAGAGCUGUUCGUCAUGCUGCCUGGGAUGCCUUAGAUUUUCUUUUCCCAGUUGGACGGUACCCUAGACAUCUCAUAAGCCUCUUUUUUCGACUGUUAUAUCCAUGGUACUGGCCUUCAUCUUGUUGGAAUUUCAUAAUGGGUUGUGUAAAGACAAUAUUGUAUUCUCUGUUCGAGUUGAUAUUUUCCCGUUGGGCGAAGGUGACAAGGCCAAGGAAGCAAUAACACAUCCAGAUAAAAAAAGAUAUAUAUACUCUCCUGUAAAGUUACAAACCCAUACUUCGAAGGCCUCAUGAUAUGUCAAACUAUGUUAGACAAUGAAAUGAACCUUCCUUGCCCUACCCUCACCGUUUUCAGUUCGGGGGGAUGUGGAUCAUAUUUUCUUCUCUGUAUUAAAUAUCACUCAAGACAUAAUGAAAUGUUUGUUGUUUUGGUUUUUAA